UUAUUUGGAACAUUUGAACUACUUAGAAGACAGGUCCGUAUGAAAAUAAAAUAAAACAGUAAAUCUUUAUUUACAAGUUGAAAUAGAUAUAAAAAUUUACAUAAAAUCCAUCUACUCAUAGAGUUCAAAAUCUAUCCUAUUAGAGGUAUAAAAAUUGCCGUUGUCACCGCAUUUUCUCACUAAAACACCAGUUUUAAAAUGAUUCUCGUUGGCCCAUUUGACCAUUUGGGCUGUUGUGUAUGGGCCCUGAAUAUCUUCAUCUUCCGGUUUCCAUUUAAACUCCCAUUUUAUUUCUUGUUUUAUUGUUUCUUCUUUAGUGUCUACACCACUUUUGCUGGUUGAAGGCCCUGCAGUAAAUUUUACUUGUUCCUUACAAUCGAAAUCAUCUGCAUACAUGUCCAACUCUGGUUCUUUGGCUUUAGCUUUAUUUUUGUUAUCAUGUAGAUCAAUUUUUCCCUGAAUUUGCUCAAAAGUUUCCUGAUAAAUAUCCAUAUUACCCAACUUUGUUAAUAUUUUAUUGGCAAAUUCGGUCAGAUUUGUUACAUCUUCACUAGAAUUUAAAGUUCCAGCUUUCUUACGCCUUAAUCUUUCCAUACUAGACAACUUUUGAUCCCCACUUAACCUCUUUAUAGCCUUAUUUAUGGUUUCUUUGGGCUUAACAUAACCAAUAAUUUUCUUAUAUGUUUCUAUCUCAUCAAAAUCUGACUCAGCACCCUCAUCCGAGUCCGACUCUGCCCCCAAACCUUUAUCAUCAACAUUAUAUUUCUCCUUAAAUUUUGCAUUGGUUUUAAUCCUUUGCCAAUCAAUAUUAUCCAACCAAUUAUCUUUAAUCUCCGUCUCAUUGCUCCAUAUAAAAUGCCCGUCUUUAUCGAAGUGCCCCUCCUCCAUUUCUUCCUUCAUAUUAAAUGCAGUCAUUCUUUGCUCCCCAUCCUGUCUUGCAAUACCAUCUUCUUCACCUUCAAUAUCGUCCACAUCCAGUACAUUAUCAUCGUCAACAAAAUCCUCCUCGUCUGAAUCUAACGUGUGCUUUUUACCGUCGAACUGUGUUCCGUGUAUUCUUUUUGAUUCAGAUUUUGAUUCAGAAAACGCAUUUUUACGUUUUGACAUGCUGAAAACGGUUUGUCGACAACAUAAAUAAACAAUUGAUUAGUUGGCGUUGGUAUAAAAUUUCUUCUGCCAACAUAAAGUAAUAAAAUUCCCAAUGUCAAAGUUUUUGUCUGGUGCCAAAACAAAAUGAAUUUGCCUUUAUUUCCCGAAUUAAAGCCUAAAUUAAUUGAUUCUUCUUGGUUUGACGUUGACGGGCCCGUUGAUGAUGACGACGAAGUCACUCAAAUGGAAAGAGAGCAUCAAACUUGGCUGCAUUCAAUAUCUCAGAAGAAUUCCGAUUUAACACCAAUUGGCAAAACUGCUUCAGAAAAUUUAGAGGAAGAUGAGGAGGAGGAUGAUGAAGAUGACAACGAUGAUGAUGAUGAGUCUGACAGUCAUGAAGACGAGGAGGAAGACGAAAUCGAAAUGGACGUGUCGCAGGAAAGAAAUUCCCCAGUGGAUGUCAGAAUAAGAAUGGUUCAGGGGCAUGGAGUUCGUUAAGUUUAUCAUUUGUAUAUUUAUUUAUUUUAAGGCUAGUAUAAUCGCCCAAUAAAAAUUCGAUGUAAGAAUUUUUGUUUUAUUAAGUUGUCACCGCUAAUAAAAAUUCG